GGAAGGUCGGGUGCUGGGCACGUCCCUCUUGGUUCCUUUUGGGCCCUCCCGGCAGCCUAGGCGCUGACCUUUGACUUCAACACGGGUCCAACCCUGACCCCUAAAGCUGUGUCCGCUCUCAGAUGGUUCCGGUCCCUGGGUGGCCUUCAGCCCGGCCUAGCCCUGGGGUGAGGGCUUGGGGGAAGACAUCUGAGAACGGCUAAGGAAAGGCCCGCCUCCCCUGAGUUUUCAGGUGUCCCGAAAGCUCCGUCAUGCCUCUCUUUUUAUGGCUGACGGGCUUCAGCCCACCCUUCGCACAGAAUCAAUGGAACAGCUGUGUUUUCUCUGGGUUACUUGGUAUGAACCUGGGAAAGGAACCUGUUCCCAGAUCCUCUAACCAUGGCACAGGUAGAGAAACGGGGAGGUUUGCUCCGAAAGUCUUCAGCCUCCAAAAAACCACUGAAGGAAAAAGUGGUGCUGAUGUAUGACGAGAUCUUCAUGACAGAGGACCCCAGUAAGUGCAGCCCUCGAUUUUGGGAGGAGCUCUUCCUCAUGAAGGUGAAUUUAGAGUACCUAGAAGGCAAGCUGGAAUCUCUUGAUGGUGAGGAGUUAAUGAAGAUCAAGGACAACAUUAAUUGCUUAUUUCAGCACUGCAUUCAGGCCCUGGGAGAGGAGCAUCCAAUUCGAGUUGUCAAUGCAUUGCAGACCUUGUGCGCGCUCAUCCGAGGAGUACAUCAAAAGAAUAAGUCUACCUCUGGGUUUGACAUUAUCAACAUGCUGAUGGGCUUUGACAAGGCGGAGCUGUGCAUGAAGAACUUGAUGGAGAGUUUGGACUCAUUGCUUUGUGCAGAAGGUUCUGAAAGUCUGAAGAGUUUAUGUCUGAAACUUCUCCUUUGUUUAGUGACUGUGACAGAUAACAUCAGCCAGAACACUAUCCUGGAGUAUGUAAUGAUCAACAGCAUAUUCGAAGCAAUUUUACAGAUACUCUCCCACCCCCCAAGCCGUAGGGAGCAUGGGUAUGAUGCUGUAGUCCUCUUGGCAUUGCUGGUGAACUACAGGAAAUACGAGUCUGUGAAUCCUUAUAUUGUGAAGCUGUCUAUUGUGGAUGAUGAGGCCACGCUCAAUGGAAUGGGGCUUGUGAUUGCUCAGGCUUUAUCUGAGUACAACAGGCAGUAUAAGGACAAGGAAGAAGAGCACCAAAGCGGUUUUUUCUCUGCUUUAACAAAUAUGGUGGGCAGCAUGUUCAUAGCAGAUGCUCAUGAGAAAAUAUCAGUACAAACCAAUGAGGCUAUCCUUCUGGCACUUUAUGAAGCUGUUCAUUUAAAUCGCAACUUCAUCACAGUGUUAGCUCAGAGUCAUCCGGAGAUGGGUCUGGUGACAACUCCUGUCAGCCCUGCCCCAACAACCCCAGUCACACCACUUGGUACCACACCACCCUCCUCUGAUGUUAUAAGUUCUGUGGAACUCCCACUGGAUGCAGAUGUACAGACCAGUAAUCUACUGAUAACCUUCUUAAAGUAUAGCUCAAUUGUCAUGCAGGACACCAAAGAUGAGCACCGGCUUCACAGCGGCAAACUCUGUCUGAUCAUCCUCACGUGUAUUGCAGAGGAUCAGUAUGCCAAUGCAUUUUUGCAUGAUGACAAUAUGAAUUUUCGAGUAAACUUACAUAAAAUGCCCAUGAGGCACAGGAAGAAGGCAGCAGACAAGAACCUUCCGUGCCGUCCUUUAGUAUGUGCAGUGCUGGACCUGAUGGUGGAGUUUAUUGUAACACACAUGAUGAAGGAGUUUCCUAUGGAUCUCUAUGUACGCUGCAUUCAGGUAGUACAUAAGCUACUUUGCUACCAGAAGAAGUGUAGAGUGCGCCUGCAUUACACCUGGCGGGAACUCUGGUCAGCCUUGAUAAAUUUGCUGAAGUUCCUUAUGUCAAAUGAGACUGUACUUUUGGCCAAACACAACAUUUUUACAUUAGCCCUUAUGAUUGUGAACCUAUUUAAUAUGUUUAUCACAUACGGCGACACCUUCCUGCCCACCCCCAGCAGCUAUGACGAACUCUACUAUGAGAUUAUCCGCAUGCACCAGAGCUUUGACAACCUGUACUCCAUGGUCCUGAGGCUUUCUACCAAUGCAGGCCAGUGGAAGGAGGCUGCUAGCAAGGUGACCCACGCAUUGGUUAACAUCAGAGCCAUCAUCAACCACUUUAACCCCAAAAUUGAGUCCUAUGCUGCUGUGAAUCACAUAUCCCAAUUGUCGGAGGAACAGGUGCUGGAGGUGGUGCGAGCUAACUAUGACACCCUCACGCUGAAGCUGCAGGAUGGCCUGGACCAGUAUGAGCGCUACUCGGAGCAGCACAAGGAAGCGGCCUUCUUCAAAGAGCUGGUUCGAUCCAUUAGCACCAACGUGCGGAGAAACCUGGCCUUCCACACACUCAGCCAGGAAGUCCUGCUCAAGGAGUUCUCCACUAUCUCCUGAGGCCCUGCCAGCCUGAGCAGCCACUGUCCGCCCUUAUCCAUGAGACUGCGGGGCUGGAGGGGGCAUAGGGGAGAGGGGCUGUCCCCAAGGUUGGAGAACAACACAGACACCGAGUUCUCUUGGUGAAGGCUGCACUUCAGUGGAGCUUAGACAGCAGGUGCCAGGAGGGGCAAGCUGGGGGUAAUUGGGGAGGGAUGGGUGGGCACAGAGAGAAGCCUUCGAGAAUGUAGGGCAUGUCCAGGGGCCAGGGGGCUCCCUGGACAUCCCCUCACAUUUCCAAUUCAGAUUACAAGUUGUGGCUACUAACCGAUUUCCAGGCGCUCUUGGGGCAAGCCUUCGGGUGAUGCCAGCACCUUGAGGAUCCAUGGCUCUCCUAGGCUUCUGAAAACUGACAGCUCUCAGAUCCAGGUGGAGCUAAUUCUGCUUCUUCUGGCCUGGGGCCGAGCUGGGCUUGAAAUCUGCCCCCGCCCCCGCCCCUGCUGGCCCUCUGUCCAGUCGUUCGGAUUCUUAGCUCAGGCUUCGGGCAGGGUAGGAACGGAGUACCUGUUUUCUGUUUUCUAAACCCAGAGCUGACUUCUCUGGGAGACUGAAGAUUAGAAGCCAUCCAGUGCUGGGCUGUCCCGUCACCACUUUCUGGAUUUGAUUCUUGGUACCAGGAGUACCUGUUCGCUUUCCCCUACCCUCCAACCCAUUGGCUCGUCAGCACUGUAGGGCCACAACUUGAGCUUUUCACUUUUAAUCUGGUUUAGACUGUCUUGGGGGGGGUGUGAAGUAAACAUUGACAGGUUUUCUGGAACCCUCAGGUGCCUACUUUGCUGGUUCCCUUUCCAGCAGCUUUCCCACCUCCCUAGCCACCCCCUCCUCUGGGAGCCUCUCCUGCCUCUGCUGAGCUCCCCUCCAGAGUUCCACCCCCUCACCCGGCUGUUGUUUACAUCCAGCCUGCCUGAGAAUUUCCUCUGGGGAGGAAUCUGUUCCUGCUGUGGUUUGGUGCCUGGGAGGGAGAGAACCUGCUGGGGGCAGAGCACCCUCGUCUACCCUCGUGUACCAGAGGCCAGGUGAGCAUCCUGGAGAGGCCAUUUUGUCUACCUGUUUUCUGGGUGGAGCCACGGGCAAGUCUCCUGACUUUUGAGAAGUUGGCCUGUGAUUCCUCUGGACAGUCUCUGGACUGCUGUAGGCAGCUACCUACCGCUGCCUCCUAGGUCGCUGCUGCUCUGAGAUCCCCCCUUUCUGAAACACUUUCUAAAGCCUCAGGAUGGCAGGGAGGAGGAGUGUGGAGGAAGUGCAGAAAUCCAGCAGUGAGCGCAAGCCCGGGACCUUCUUGGUUGCUGUUCACUGAAACUUCAGGGGAGGGGUACUUGCCCUGCUUUGGAACCAGAGCUUUGGCUCCGACGUGGAGCGGACAUGCUCUAGGACCAGAGGCUCCACCAACAUGCUGCCAAGGAAGGAGGUAGAUUCUCAAGAGAUCAGCAGCUGGGUCACCUCUGGUCACUAGACAGACAGCUCAACCCGGGGCACUUAGUGUUUUCCACAGUGGUAAACCCUGGAGGAGCUGGAAGCUGUUGGCAAGCUGAAAUUAUUAAAAAUUGAUUUGUAUGGGA